UUGGGAAUACAAAGUUAGUGUUUCUUCACAUGUUAAAAACGAAGUUUUAUCUGUAGCAGAAUUUAAAAAGGUGGUAGUUCAGGAUCUUGUAAAAGCAUUUGUUAAAGCAAAUAUUCCUUUAGAAAAAAUAAAUGCACUCUAA